AUGCCUAAUCUUGUCAUCUUGAAGGUGAAGUCGAUGUCGAAGAGAGCGGACUCUCUUCGGGUGUUGGUGGACUCGGGCGCGUCGAACAACUUUGUUCGACAGCAAAGUCUGUCGUUGAUGGACUUCGAGGAGAAGCAUGUGCCUCGAAGUCAGCUGGAGGUGCGAUUGGCAACGGGUGCCAUCGUAAAGACAGAGAAGCGCGUGAUUCGCGCACGCUUCUCGUACAAACACCUGGCGUUUGUAGAAGAACUUCUCGUCCUGAACUUGGACGACAAGUUUGACGUGCUGUUGGGCAUGCCGUGGCUUGCACGGCAUGAUCCCACAAUCGUCUGGGAGAAGCGUACGGUCGUACGCUUCGGACGCCGGGGCGCAACAGAGAGCGAUGGCCCUGUUAGUGCAGCGGAUACACCUAACGGUGCAUCCGAACCUCCUGCCAAGACAGUGGCUCGCGAAGAGCGCGCGAGCUGUAACGACUCCGGGAGUCGUUGA